UCUCUCUCGCUCUGUCUCUCUCUCUCUCUCUCUCUCUCCCUCUCUCUCUCCCCUCCGUUGUCUUUUUAAUGUAACUUCUGACUGAUCGGGAGAGCAGGGAGCGUCUGGAAAGCCUGGUCCAUCUCUAAUGAAGGAUCUGCUCGCACGGCGUUGUCUUUAAAGCUGGACACACAGGACAGAGAAGAUCAGAUUGUGUAUUUUUGGGAUAACGUUGCUUUCCUCCGUGGAUUUUGGCUCAGUGUUGUCUAUAGCCUAUUUAUUCCCCCCUCUGUGGAUGACAUUAUCUCGGUCUGAAUGAAGCUUUCUUUUUGGAUUUCCACCGCGCCGAAGCUGUUUCUGGGUGACUGCCCUUUCUUUACUUGUGAAGUCGCGCGUUAUAAUUAUAUUGCCGUUAUCUUAUGAGACCUUUUCACGUUUUCAGGCGCAACUUGUUUUUAAUUUUGUCAAACAAUGCCACAGUUUUCUUGAAUGUGUGUUAGUAAUUCACGCGGACAAACUGUGCGUUAAUUCUCGCUUAAAUAUAGGAAAGUUUGGGCGCUCAAAGUUUUGGAAACUAUCGAUAUGGCUAUGGUGGCGUGGAGAAACACCGAGGGCGUCGGGGACGCGCAGGGGACCCUCUCCUCCCCGGUGUCCCAGGUCGCACCUCUGUCUCUGCCCGGGGAGCUGACGGGACACAUGAACCCGGCGUCCUCUCUGGAAAUACCCCCCUCAGCAGCAGCAGCAGCGCCCCAGGGCGCACCGCCGCCAAAUGCAUCCAGCACCACCACCAACAAUAACAACAACACCUCCUCUUCCUCGUCCUCCUCCUCGUCCAUGGACAAACAGCAGAGCCAGCAGAUCGAGUGCAUCGUGUGCGGGGACAAAUCCAGCGGGAAGCACUACGGACAGUUCACAUGUGAGGGAUGUAAGAGCUUCUUCAAACGCAGCGUCAGGAGGAACCUGUCCUACACCUGCAGGGCCAACAGGAACUGUCCCGUAGACCAGCACCACCGCAACCAGUGCCAGUACUGUCGCCUCAAGAAAUGCCUCAAAGUCGGCAUGAGGAGGGAAGGUACGGGCUGGCGUCCUCCUGUUGUUGCUCUCGCUGUCCAGAGAGGCAGACUGCCCACCCAGUCUUAUCACGGCCAGUUUGCUCUGACAAACGGAGACCCUCUACAGUGUCACUCCUAUCUGUCGGGAUACAUCUCUCUGCUGCUGCGGGCCGAGCCCUACCCGACCUCCAGGUUCGGCUCUCAGUGCCUGCAGAGCAACAACAUCAUGGGCAUUGAGAACAUCUGUGAGCUCGCGGCCCGGAUGCUCUUCAGUGCCGUGGAGUGGGCCCGCAACAUCCCCUUCUUCCCGGACCUGCAGGUGACGGACCAGGUGGCCCUGCUCCGCCUCACCUGGAGCGAACUGUUCGUCCUGAACGCCGCGCAGUGCUCCAUGCCGGUCCACGUGGCCCCGCUGCUCGCCGCCGCCGGCCUCCACGCCUCCCCGAUGUCCGCGGACCGGGUAGUGGCCUUCAUGGACCACAUCCGGGUCUUCCAGGAGCAGGUGGAGAAGCUCAAGGUGCUGCACGUGGAUUCAGCAGAGUACAGCUGCAUCAAGGCCAUCGUGCUGUUCACCACAGAUGCUUGUGGUCUGUCGGACGUGGCCCAUGUGGAGGGUCUGCAGGAGAAGUCCCAGUGUGCUUUAGAGGAGUAUGUGAGGAGCCAGUAUCCCAACCAGCCUAACAGGUUUGGGAAGCUGCUGCUCCGCUUGCCUUCCCUGCGCACCGUCUCUUCCUCUGUCAUAGAGCAGCUUUUCUUCGUCCGUCUUGUGGGGAAAACCCCCAUAGAAACUCUGAUAAGGGACAUGCUGCUGUCCGGAAGCAGCUUCAACUGGCCUUACAUGCCUAUUCAGUAGAGGAAGAAGCUACACUGGUUCCUCUAAGGUCAGGAAAGGUCCCACACCUCAAGUUGAGUCAUUUCAGUGUGCUGUAAAAUAUCUGUUGCUUCAAACGAGGGGAAAACGGCCAGUGGAGUGCAGGCAUUUCUAAUGUAAAAAACCCCAACUCAGAUCAUAAUUUUCUUAUCCAACUGCCAUUUCCUUGAUACCAGAGGAGUGAACUGCCUUAUGCUGCAUUUUGUCUAGAAACGACGCAUAAAUUCACCAUUUUGUCAAUGUUAAAUGAUUUGACUCCACUGGCAGAAUUUUUUACUUGUUUGAGAAGAAACGAUAUUUCACAAGAUGAAAUGAAGGAUUAUGAUGGACAUUUUUUACAGUGUGGUGACCACUCAGUCUAUGGUUUUUGGGAUAACAAACAAUAUUUAUUGGACCCUGUGUGUAUAUUUAUCGUGCUUGUAAAUUAUGUUUUGGCUCCUUUUUUAAAUGUUUUGCGUAUUUUUGCCCCGGCAAGUGAGAAAACUGCAGGGAUUGUCUCGUGUCGAUCUGUUGUCUUUUUUUUUUGUUUCAUACCUUACAGACAUGGCACUUUGGACUAAAUGAACAUUUCAGACAGAUUUAACACAGGUGUUUGAAACCCAGCAUCAUCUGACUUUAAUCUAUUUGCUCAAUUGUGUACAGAUCGAAUGGUGAGAUUAAUGCUCUGUUUUAGUUACUUUGGAGUCUUAUUCUAUUUGCAUUAUGGACAUACAAAGAAUGAAAAGGGCAACAAAUAUUUGGAAAAUGCACUUCUCAUGACCAGUGUUAAGCUGCGCCAAGUAAUGCAUUACUCCUGUCAUAGGUAAUAUCAUUACUUUCUUGUGUUAGUAUUUUCUUAAAUAUUUUAGUUAAUAUUUUCUGGCAGAUUAAUUAUUCCCUCUUGCCAUAGUGCUUAAUUUCUACCCUUUUUUUAUCAUCUAAAAACAGUAUUUAAAACCAUUUAUUACAUGCUUAUUUCUCAUCGAAAUAAACGUGAAAUUGGUGAAUUAUGCCACUCAGAGAAAUUCAACUUAUCUGUUAUUUCUCAUCUGGACCAAAAGAUGACGAGAAGGCUAAUUAUGGCAACAAAUUUAUAAGGGGAAGUAAGCUGAAUGUUAGAUAGCUGUAUUUUCAUAUUUAGAUGGGUUAAAGGGAGUUAUAAUCGUAUUAUUUUGACUGGUAACUUGUUGCAAGGAAAAGUAAUGACAUUACUUCACUGGAUUAAUGAUUAAUGCAUUACUGAACACUCCUGAUUCAAUUUAUGUUUCCAGGUCUUUUACACUGACCGUCUCAGAGAGAUUUUAAGAGCACUGGGCCGGAUGUAUGACUACAGUCUCUCAACAGGAUAAAUGAACUGUACACAGCUCCCCAGCUCAAAUAACUAAUAAUCUAUUUCAUUAUAAUUAAUGCAUUUAUGAGCCCAGGCCGCUUAAAGGCACAAUAGACCACUGCAGGGUAUUGCUGAACUGUGUGUGUGUGUGUGUGUGUGUGUGUGUGUGUGUGUGUGUG